AUGGCUACCCCAUCCCAAUCCAAUGCCGAUCUCGUUGACUCCACCGACAAACCCAAAACUACCGGCCGCUCAACUAGAGCAGCCUCCAAAAACCUUCAGCUUGCGGAAGAGAGCGCUAAAGGUGCUAGCACCUCAGCUGUUCCUCCUGCGAAGGGAAAAGCGACGGCCACGUCACCGAUCGUUGAAGAGAGCGCUAAGGGUGCUAGCACCCCAGCGGUUCCUUCCGCGAAAGGUAAAUUGGCGGUUACAUCGCAAACCAAACCUAUCAAGCCUGGGGCAUCCUCACAGAAAGCCCCAGCUCCAAUCCCUCUUCCUCAGUCGGGUGUCAGCGCGCCGCAAGGCAGCGUUGUACCGAUUAUGAUCAACCCUCCUGGUCCGAACCUCACGAUGCUGCAGGAGACAGGUCAAAUCCUCUCGGAUGCACCUUCCCUUACGUACUUAACUACGAUUUCGAGCAUCUCUACGCUAGGCCACAAGAGCCCUAGGGGAUCCCAGCGUAUCUUCGAAGGGAUCCCGACCUAUGAGGACGUCUUAAUCUAUGACGAACCCCUCUCUAUUUCCUUAGCUCGUUACCAUCCUCGUUUCAACCCCGCUGUAGAUGAUGACCCACUGAUCUUCUUCGGCGGCAUCGACGGGAAGCUCCCUGGGAAAUCCCUGGAAGAUUCUCAAGGAAUUCGUGACCUCUUAUGGCGAUGGUCAGCGCCUCACGUCCAGGGAUUAUGGGUUAACCUCCCUACGAUGAUCGACAGCUUUCCUCAAGUUCGCUUAACCCCGGAAUACAUCCAUGAACUCACAGUGGACUCAUCAAGAGAUGCUUGCGGUCCUGAAACAACGACGCCGACAGCUAUUACCGGUCAUGGCGAUGUGGCAGACGCUCACCUUCAACUGUCGUGGACACCAUUCGCCGGCUUCCGUGUUCUCCAGCGUGAAAUCGCGCAAAGAGUUUUCUCAGAAACCAUGACCCAGCACCCCUGGGUUGCACAUGUGGAAUUCAUCGAAGAGGCGUUUCGUAGACAAAUUCACAAGACACCUCGACGACGGCCCACCAACAACCAGCAACCCGCUCGCUACCAGUCUUUCGACGUGAUUCCAAUUUGCCACACAGUGGUGUUUGGCGUUGUGCAGUGUGCGCCUGCCUAUCUUUCGAUCGUCUUCAUCGACCUUCUCUCCACUCGGUCUGACAUGCACGAACAACUCGCUUUGCACCUUAUCUCACUUCGAUUCAGCACCUCUGUGUGGGAGAUGUGGAAUUCAUUCAACACGGUAGAGAAAUUGCCGCACACGAAACCUGGCAUCGUCCUGGCCUUUGCGUCCUAUCAAUCAGCUCGUUACCACUCUAUGGACCCAUUCAUGUUUGGCGUUGUGUGGCAAAGGCUUCGGAUGACGAAUGCUUUCAAUGCAACGCUUGAUGCUCUUGACACUUUUCCGGGCACGUCUAUCCUUUACGCCGGGUGUCAGCAGGUGCAGUGUGCGCCUGCCUAUCUUUCGAUCGUCUUCAUCGACCUUCUCUCCGCCCGAUCUCACAUGCACGAACAACUCGCUUUGCACCCACCUCACCUCACUUUGUUUGCAGCCAACUGUAGCCACCUCUGUGUGGGAGAUGUGGAAUUCAUUGACCUGGGUAGAGAAAUUGCGCACAAGAAAGCUGGCAUCGGCUUGGGUGUCAGCGGGUGCAUUGUGCACGUUGUCUGCCAACCCUUCGAUCGUCUUCAUCGACCUUCCCACAUAGACCUCAGGAAGAUCGGUAGCGAUGAAAAGAUCUCGAGCGAUCCCGUAAAGACGAAUUGCAUCCUCUUGAGCUUCUAUCCCAAAGACACGCUCGCUAUCUGUGCUUUGUCGAGCAAUAUCGUUCAGGUUGGAGGGGCGGAUGUCAAGAUUGUCGGGAAAGUUGGGGUCUUGUGCAAGCAUGGCAGACGAGGGGCACUAGGCGGAGUUGCUGCCAAACUGGCCCAAACAGUGACCAUCGAAAUCAAAAUCCCCUGCUCCAACGAUGGUCGUCAGCCGGCCCUCUUAACCCUCCAUUCCACCCCUGGUUCACCCAUCGAUGCCCAUUCAGGCAAAGGCCGUCCAGCGUUUUACGCCACUUGGAGCAGCUUUGGCUGGUCCUCUCGGAGCACUGCAUGA